UCCGCGGUGAUUCAGCGACUUUGACCGCAUUAGAAACGCUCAGAAACGCUGAUUUAAUCAUUUCGUGUCGAUCUGUGAAGAUCUGAGGCAGAUAUAAACGCGGUUUCGGUGUUUGAGUUUCAAUUUCGAUUUGAAGAAAAAUCGUUAUUUCGUUUAACGGAGUGUGAGAAUGGAGAUCUGCGGUCUUGUGACUGAGAAGAAAGAGCCAGUGCCUCUGAAGAGCAUCUCAGUGGAGGUUCUGGUUCAGGAUCAUGUAGCCACAGUCUCCUCCACUCUGCAGUAUGUGAAUGAGGAAGAGCGCCCCCUGGAGGCCUUGUUCGUCUUCCCUCUGCCUGCUGAUGCUGCUGUCUGCCACUUCAGUGCCAAGAUCGGAGAGCAGGAGAUUGUGGCAGAGGUGCAGGACAGAGAAACCGCGAGGGAUCAGUAUGAUGACGCUGUGAGUUCGGGUCAGCAGGCGUUUCUGUUGGAAGAGAGCACAGAGAGUCCUGAUGUGUUCAGACUGAGUGUCGGGUGUCUGUCAGCGGGUCAGAAUGCUGCCGUCACCAUCAUCUACGUCACCGAGCUCGCUGUGCAGGCCGACCACUCGCUGCGCUUCUGUCUGCCGGCUGUACUCAACCCCCGAUACACACCAGCAGGUUCAGCUGCUGGUAUAGUCUCAGAGAUUUCAUCAGGAGCUGUUCCCUACACGCUGACUCUCAGUGUUCAUGUGAGCUCUCCAAAGUCCAUCUCCAAACUAGAGUCCAACUGCACUCUGGGUCCUCUAGUGUUCCUCCACUCUGAUCACACUCAGGCUACGGUGAAUCUGAGUCCUGGUCACAUGUUUGAUAAGGACGUUGAGCUGUUUGUGUACUAUCAGGAUACCCAUCAGCCCUCUGCUAUAGUGGAGGCAGGAGUGGCCACUGCUCCACCAGGUUCUCUGAUGAGGGACCCAGUGGUCAUGAUAAGUUUGUAUCCAGAGUUCCCAGAAGAAUUGAUGAAAUCACUGGCAACUCAAGGCGAGUUUGUUUUUGUGAUUGACAGAUCAGGCAGUAUGAGAGACAUGAUGAGUCAAGGGAAAGGAGCACAAAUGCGCAUAGAAAGUGCAAAGGACACUCUGCUGUUAGUGUUGAAGAGUCUGCCCAUGGGAUGCUACUUCAAUAUCUAUGGAUUUGGCUCUAAUUUUGAGUCCUUCUUCCCUCAGAGUGUUGAGUACAAUCAGGACACAAUGGAUCAGGCUCUGAAGAGAGUGAAGGAAAUGCAAGCAGACAUGGGCGGCACAGAGAUAUUACAGCCUCUAAAACACAUUUACAGUCAGCCCUGUUACCCCGAUCACCCCAGACAGCUGUUCGUCUUCACUGAUGGAGAGGUGGUAGACACUAAAGAGGUGCUGGAUCUGGUGAAAAGUCACGCUCACUCUCACAGGUGUUUCUCAUUGGGGAUUGGUGAGGGUGCGAGUGCCGCCCUCAUCACAGGAAUGGCCAGGGAGGGAUCUGGUCACGCUCAGUUCAUCACAGACACCGACCGCAUGCAGCCCAAAGUGAUGCAGUCGCUCAGGUUUGCGCUGCAGCCCGCUGUGCUUAAUAUCUCUGUGGAUUGGACCCUUCCAGAUGAAGUUACUGUUGACACACUGUCUCCACCCAUCAAUGUGCUCUUCCAGGGUCAAAGGACACUCAUUUAUGCCCAACUUAAAGGAGAGAGUUCAGGAGGCUCUGAGGGAACAGUGACAGUCAAAUACAGUCUCAAAGAUCAACCAGUGACAAACCAGCUCCACUUCUGCCUCAAACCAACAGAGGAAACAAAGUUGUCUAUUCACCGGCUGGUGGCUCGGACCCUGAUCCGUUCUCUGGAGCAGAAGGAGAGGUCAGGGGCUGCAGAUGUUGAGGGCAUCAGGAGCAGGAUCGUGGAGCUCAGUGUUCAGGCAGGAGUGAGCAGUGUUCAUACAGCCUUCAUUGCUGUGAAUAAAGACAGCAGACAGACUGUGAAAGGACCCCUGCUGCAGAGAAGAAUGCCGAUAUUUGAUUUUUCUUUAGGAAUUGACGUGCGGCAAAUAAAUUAUGAUCAUAUAGCACCCCGCGAGUUUCGUUUAUCUGCACAUGAACAAUCGUUUCACUGCUCAAAGUUGUUGUCGUUCACAGAGCGAGCAGUCUUAAAAAUGUCUAAUUGGGUACCAGAAGUGAGUGCACCCAAACAGAGGAUCGGAUUCAUGACAAAGAUCCAGAAUUUUUUCCGCCGUCGUUCUAAGACUGCGACUGCCGUGUCUGAUCAAACAGACUCUGAAAGCAAAAUUGAUGCUGCUCCUGAGCUUCAGAAGGACCCGUUACUGCAGCUGGUUUCUCUGCAAAAGGCGUCAGGCUGCUGGGAUCUGGACGCCACCCUGGCUGAUGUGUUUGGGGAGACGGAGGAUGAGCUGACCAAUCAGAAACCAGCACAGGUGGAUGGGUCAGUAUGGGCCACUCUCCUGGCUCUGAUCUGGUUAUACGGCUGUAAAAUAGAGCAGCAGGUGGAGUGGCAGUUUGUGGCCAUGAAGGCAGCGUCAUGGAUCGGCUCUCAGAAAGUGGGAGAUCUGUCUCAGUGUGUGUGUGUGGGGAAUGUCCUGCUCGGAUGUCAGGUGACCAAAGAGACUCUGGGAAUCUGAAGACGUCGGUGUUUCUACAUGCUGUGCCAUAUAACUGCCAAACACACACAUAUGUAUGCACAUAUAUGAAUGAUAUUAAUAAGUUUACACCAUGGCUUUUCUAACUACGUCAACAACAGACCCAAAUGGAUCAAAACAGCAUGUGUGCCAAGCCAGAAUAUUUUGCCAACAAAAAGCUGCUGAUCUACAAAUAACUGUUUAACAAUAUAUUUGUUCACUUCAUAAAUUAUCAGUAUGAAUGUU